ACCGCGUAAAUCUUACACAAUAAUGUCCCGUGUUGUGUAUAAUGACUGCCCGGGGAGUCCGAGCAACCAGCCGAAGCACAUGCAAUCUGGGUCACCUGGAGACGCUACAGCUGCUGGAGGACCGCACACCGGACAGAAGAUACUGAUCAACGUGUCCGGCAAGAAGUUUCAGAUUUACAGAGACUACUUGGAGAGGUACCCCCAAACUCUGCUCGGAUCAGCCGACCUGGACACACACUGGGACCCCCAUCACGGCGACUACUUCUUUGACAGCAAUCCUGAGGCCUUCGAGAGUAUAUUUGACUUUUACCUCUACGGCAAGCUCUAUCAGCCAGCUACUAUCCCAAAUGAGAUGUUCCAGGAGUCGGUGACCUUCUUCAGGAUGAUGUCGGUGUUCGAAGAAGAGAAAGCACAGGAAGAGGAGGAAAAGAUUCCGGUGGAAGCCAAGACAAAGAUGGGACGACUCAGACAGAAAACCAACAACAUCCUGCAGAACCCCAGUUCAAGCUUCUUCGGGCUGCUCUACGGAUGGAUGGACCUGGGAUGUAUCUGCCUCUCCAUUAUCCUCAUGCUCUUCGAAACUGAUCCUAACAUAGUGGUCAUUUUAGAGGACAAAAAUUCCACCACUGCCAAGGUCUGUUUCGCUGUGGAAUCAGUGACAGUUGUCUACUUCACAUUUGAUGUCCUGCUCAGAUUUGUGGUAACCUACGAUAAGUUGAGUUUUUCCAAAGCUCCAGCAACUUGGCUGGACAUCUUCACUGUGGGGCCCUACUAUUUAGAACUGUUUAUAGAUGUCACUAAGUUCAAGUCACUCAAAGUUUUGAGAAUAGCAAGGAUCGCUAGAGUUUUGAAACUGAUUAAGAAAAACAAGAGAUUACUGCUAAUAGCGACGGUGCUCGCCCAGAGUGUGAGCGAGUUAAGCAUGUUAAUAAUCGUGUGGAGCAUGUGCAUUCUUGUGGCGGGCUGCAGUUUUUACUACCUAGAAGAAACGUCCAACGACACAGUGAAAUCAGGAGUUGAUGGCUUGUGGUGGGCGGUAGUGACGAUGAGUACAGUGGGUUACGGAGACAUAGCACCCCAAUCAACGCCAGGCAAGUUGUUCGGGACAGUGUUCGUGUACGUCAGCAUGGUCUUCUUAGCUCUCCCUCUGACCAUUAUAGUGGGUGCCUUCAGUAAGCAGUACGAGUCGAGGAAAUGCAUGUCGCUGAAGAAGAACCAAUCCGCAUACCAACUUGCUAACACAAAGGCAUCUGACGACUGAAUAAUCCCAUUGGGGGAUUGCCAAUCAAGGCUCUGCUGUUUCAUAUAAUGAGAAUUGUCUUUGUUCGAAGGGACGACUUUUAAUGAACCUGUGGCACGAAGCAAUCCAAGUGAUGAAUUUUAACGCUUAAUAUAUUACGUGAAGAGAAUUUUUUAUUUCCAUCUUUGUUUUAUGCUGUGUGGCUACAAAGGUGGCUUAAUUGUAAAAAAAGACAGGAUGACUAAAUAUUUGUCUCAAAUUUCACUGGGUUCAAUUUGUAUCUGUUAUUAUUUACAAACAAGAUAGUCUGUCAU